CCGCCGUCGGCAAUGGACGGAGUAUGAUGGAUCCUCAAUCAGGAACGCAAAAUUCACUCGUUGAUCGUAUUAAGUGCCUGUAUCCUAUGGUUAAUGAAGAGGAGACGCCGUUACCGAGGUCAUGGAGUCCAAAAGAUAAAUAUAACUAUAUUGGAUUGUCUCAAAAUAACUUGAGAGUGCAUUAUAAAGGUCAUGGGAAAACACACAAAGAUGCUGCAAGCGUACGGGCCACUCACCCUAUACCUGCAGCCUGUGGUCUGUACUAUUUUGAAGUGAAAAUUGUUAGUAAAGGCAGAGAUGGAUACAUGGGGAUUGGAUUAUCUGCACAGGGUGUAAAUAUGAACAGGCUUCCAGGUUGGGACAAGCACUCGUAUGGCUACCAUGGCGAUGAUGGACAUUCAUUCUGCUCAUCAGGCACAGGACAGCCUUAUGGACCAACAUUUACAACUGGUGAUGUUAUAGGCUGUGGUGUCAACCUUGUUGACAAUACUUGUUUUUAUACUAAAAAUGGCCACAACCUUGGUGUGGCAUUCACAGACCUACCACCAAACCUCUACCCAACAGUUGGGCUUCAGACACCUGGAGAAGUUGUUGAUGCAAAUUUUGGCCAGUCACCAUUUGUGUUUGACAUUGAAGAUAUGAUGCGGGAGCUACGGGCUCGCACUCUGCGUACAAUUCACGAGUUCCCUGUUCCAGACAACCGUGGAGAAUGGCAGGCUACUCUUCAUAAGAUGGUAUCAACUUACCUUGUGCAUCAUGGGUACUGUGCAACAGCUGAGUCAUUUGCAAAUGGCACAGGACAGGUCUUCGAAGAAGAUCUAACAUCAAUUAAAAAUAGGCAGCGAAUUUUAAAACUGGUGCUGGCGGGACGUAUGGGUGAAGCAAUUGAAACAACAAGCGAGUUGUACCCAGGUCUGCUGGAACGAGAUCAGAAUCUUCUGUUCCUGCUAAAGUGUAGGCAAUUUGUAGAGAUGGUGAAUGGCUCUGACUCGGAAGUCUGCCCACCACGUUGCCCUAGAGGGCAACCGUUUUCCUCGCCUCCACACCACUUGGCCCCACCACCUACGUCGCCUCCUCAACCAUCACCACCUUCAAAUUCGUCAAGUCAGCAAGUUGGAAAAGCCAGAAGAAACACAGUGGAAGAAAACAACCUCAAUAAUAUGAACAUGGCAAUGAAUGGCAGCAGUGAAAUCAUCCGUCCACCACCAUGUGCCGGUGAUGCCGAUAUUGACAUGGAGGAGCCUAGGAAUGGCCACUCCACGAAUGGUUACCAAAAUGGCAGUAGUCAUCGGCUUGAAGAAGAAAUUCAGGAGGAGGAAAUGGAAGUGGAUGUUCCUGUUAACACUGUACAGCCAGUCAGCAGUAGUAGGAGACAACUAUGUGGUGGUAGCAAACCAGCUGUUGAACGGAUGCUGGAAUUUGGACGAGAAUUGUACAACAUGAGUCUGCAUCUUCGGCAAGAGCAAGGCCGUAGUGAGGCCAACAAGAAGAUGUUACAAGAUGCCUUUAGCCUUCUUGCAUAUUCAAAUCCAUGGAAUAGCCCUGUUGGCUGGCAGUUGGAUCCUGUUCAGAGGGAGACAGUAUGUUCUCUCCUUAACUCUGCAAUUCUAGAAUCGAGCAAUCUUCCUCGUCGGCCACCACUGGAAGUAGCAUUGGCACAUGCACGUGAGCUCGUUCGCCUUAUGUCGAGGUCUGGACUCGGAUCCUGUGCUUUCGCCAAUGUGGAUGACCUGUUGCGUCAUUGAUCUCCUUGUCAUUUGCACUGUUGUUUUUAGUCCUGCCCUUCAAACUUCCCCUCCAUGUGUGGAGAAGCUGCCAUGGCAGCUGUAUGUGCUACAGUUGUUAGGAAUUUAGUGCCACAACUAGGGUGUUGUUUUACUAUGCUAGUGAGAAGUGGAUCAGCAAGCAUUUUAUUGGUUUCUAAUGUAUGUGUGUCUCUAAUGAAGAACUAUUGUCAGAUUAAGUUGGAAGAUUUUUUUUUCUUUUUGUAUGAUGUAAGAAUCACUGGCAUCUGUUUAUUUUCGUGGUCUUGAAAAGCUUGUGUCAGAACCUAUCAGUUGAAGAAAGUGGUUUAGAAAUGGAUUGAAUGUCAGAGAAUCUUUGACUGAAUUCAUGUUUAAUUAUUUUCUUCGCUCAUCUGAAUUGUCUCACUUGUGGACAAUCCUUUGGACAUAUUUUACCAAAAAUUAAAUUUUGCAAAUGUUGAACAUGUUGAUGCGUAACAGUGAAGUUCGUAUAAAAUUUGAACUUCGUGUGUCUUACAGUGCUUGUAAGAUAUUUUUACAACAGCUUUGCUCCUACCUGAAUUAAAUAUGGAUGUUGUAUCUGGAAGCUCAAGAAGAUAACCAAGGAAGAUAAUUCAUCAAAACGUAUAGUGAUCAUGAUCCUGCACUGCACCCUUUUGUGGGCCCUGUUACUGAGCUGGUACGAUUGGCUUUGUGGUUGUUAAGGAGUAACAUUGUGACAUUUUAGUGCAAUAUGGAUAAAAAUCUUUCUUCAGCUUGGUAAUGUCUGUUGUGUAGUUAGACGAAGGGUGCUGUGCAUGUACACAGUUUUCCGAGGAUGUUGAUUGUUUCCAAAUAUCAGGUUUCCCUCAGUGGAACAUAUUGGGCUGUUCCUUUGAUAUUCUGCACGAGAACUGUAGAUAGUGGAAGAACUGAAGCCAUCAUGGUGGGGACUACUACAUAUUUUUAAAUGUGUGUUUCAAGAGCUGUGUUGAACAUUUUCUAUAUUUUGUUACGUGUGAUUAUUGAAGUUGUGUCUGCUAUUGAAUUGUCAUUGUAAACAUUUGAAAAAGAAUCAUCUUUUUUUGAUUUGGUACUUUGAUAAAGAAAUUUUUAAGGUAAAUAUUAAAAAUAGUACAACUUUAUUUUAUAAUUCAUCAGUGAUUCAUUAAAUUCUUUCCUUUUUAUGUUGUUGUUAUAUGUGUGUGCGCAUGAAUGGAUCUAAACAUUCUCCAUUUUUAUAGUGGUAACUUACAGAAAUAUUUAAGAAGUGAUUCUUUUGCCAUGAUGUACAGUUGGAUCAUUAAAAAAAAACUACACUGAAACUCUGUUUUUCUGCGAAUCUGUGCCAACUUAAAGUUUAUUAUUCAUUCUAAAUCAGACUAUGUCAUCUCAUAAAAGUGCAAAGUAAGACAUAGUGAAGCAAUAGUGGCUAUAUUUUUGAAUAUGUGAUACUCCUAGGGUUUGCUGAUUGUGACAAAGCUGAUUACAUAAUGAGUGUAUGCAGAAGUUUUGCAGUUCCUUUACCACAACAAGUUUGACGUGAGUGAGUAUUCACAAUUUAGAAGAUAUCUUUGUGUGCAUUGACCAUGAAAUCCUUAUAAGGUGUUACUGAAUAAACAAUGCUGCAAAUGCUGUAUUUGUUAUAGAGCAGCUAGUGUUAUAACAAAGUUGGCCUCACUCUAUAGUUUCAAAUCUUUGCACACAUUGGCAUCCAAAUAUAGGAAUAAAUGAGCUGCUACAAGUCUUGGCAUGAUACAUCUAUAAUUACACAUUUUAUCAGAAUUUUAGUAAUUCAUUGAUAUGCCAAAAAAUUUUGAUUUGUAAAUGGUUGUUCUGCUAAUGAUGGAGAGAAAUUUAAACCAAAACACACAGAGAAAGGGUAGAAAAUGUACUCUGGGCAUGUGGUUUUUGUGGUUAAAUUUCAAAAUAAGAAAAAUGAUUGUGUGAUGUCAGUAACAUGUCACAGAGCUAUGAUAAGAACAGAAAUGAAUGUCUUUUCCAGUCUGUCUCAAAGCUGAA